CUCGAAAUCAGCGCUUGCAUCCGCCGGAUCGACCGCCGGCGUAUGUUCGCCUGAGUGGGUAAAUGAGCACGCGACACGUUUCCCUUCUCGGCGCGAAGGAGUGGUUAACGAUGCAGGCCACAUCCCAAUAUCUGUCAGGCGCUGCGUUCUUACCCAAUAGCAUUUCCCCGUUGUCACGAUCAAGUGUUGACAGCAGCAGAAAAGCGUGCCUGGUGAGGUCAACAAGUGGAUACAGAGCACUCAUUGUGGCCUAUGGACCUGAGCCGUCCACCCCCUCCUCUACGUCGUGAUCACCCUAGGUUGCAGACAGUGAAAACGACAUAAGAUGCUUGUGAAACUACUCUUGCUGACCUUCUGGUCCGCUCGUCCUCGACCAUACCAACUCCCACCAUGACCACAGCAUUCUCGACUCUACCCAUCGUGGACGUUGGGGUGCUGUCUGAAGUCCAGCCAAAAGCUCAAGAUGUACUUGUGCUGACUCAGAAAUUGUACGAUGUAUUCACGACAGUUGGGUUCGCCUACCUGGUGAACGCUCCUCUCACCUUCACCCAUGCGGAUAUCUUCGGUCUGGCUAGCGACUUCUUUCGCUUGGAGGAGACGGAGAAGCUGAGAUUAGCCACCAAGACUUCCGUACCGUCGAACAGUAACACGUACAGAGGCUACUUCCCCUUUCAGCCGGGUUGCGACAGCCUCAAGGAAGGCUUCGAAAUCGGUCCGGCUCAAACACCUGGCCGUAGUGCGUUUGGCAAAACGCAGAGGUACGACUUGACGGAGCCGAAUGUUUGGCCUGCUGGAGCUUCUUUCCAUGAUGGCCGUGUCAAGCUUGAGAGACUCCACGCUGAGCUGCAAAAGCUUGCUUCCACGCUGCUGCUCAUGCUUGGUAUUACACUUGGCAAGCCAGCCGACUACUUCGCCCCAUAUCUGCUCGAGUCUCUGUCUACGCUUCGACUGCUACAUUACCCACCGCAGGAGAGCACCGAAACAGAAGUCGCGGCGAUCAAGCUGUGUUGUACGCCGCACACUGACAGUGGUAUCCUCACGCUCUUGCACCAAGACCAAACGGGCGGUCUUGAAGUACUGAAUGCGGAGGGUCGGUGGAUCGCUGCGCCGUACGUUCCUGGCUCGAUCGUUGUCAAUAUUGGGGAUCUGAUGGCUCGCGUGAGCGGAGGCCGUUUUGUGGCGACGAUGCACCGUGUCCGCACCAGCCCUGGGAAAGGCACACGCAAGGAUGGUUUGGGACGGUUCAGUGUGCCUUUCUUCUUCGAGCCGGGAGAAGCGUGUCUAAUCCGCAGUAUCGACGGCGGUGAAGGCGUCGUCUAUGGCGAGUAUGUUCGAAGGAAAAUGGGCACUUGGCUUGAAUACCAGAGUUCGCCAACACAAGAGCCGGAUGCGACUAUUGCAGUCAGUGCAGGUAUCGUAAAGGUAGCAUCCUAGCGUUCAGUAGCGCAACUCUGAAUGGGUCUCUGGGCCGUAUUGUUGGGUCGCAGCCUCACUGAAAGCUCUGAUGCUGAUGGACUGCGGAUGACCAAAGCCUGCACAAGAACCGUAAAAUCUGGAUCCCGUAUCGAUGGCAAACUCAUGCUGUCUGCGGUGGGUUCUUGACCGUCCUGUUGCUAGUUAGCGGUGCGAGUCGCUCGAGGCCAACAGUU